AUGAAGCUUCGGCCGAUCGCUUUUACGUGUUGGCUGUUGUCCGACCCAGAUAAAAUCCCCGCCGCUGACCGGUAUGCAGACGUGCCGUUCUACGGCCGGUACUUCCCCAGACAGGACGACUUUCGCGUCGAUCUCCAGCACGUCAAGUCCCAGUCUGCAGCCUCUCUGCGAUACUGGGCGUCAGUUGUUGAUCUCUGCGAUGAAUCCAUCAGGAUCUACCCGGCCGACGAGGGCGGCCGCGACGUGUUCGCCCUUGGCAGCGUCAUCGUCAAGUCGAGCCAUCUUCACAAUCCAGGGAACGGCCAGCAUAUUACAGAGAUCGACUACUCGUACGCUGAUGCCAAUGGGUUGCAGGCUGUUGCUAUUGCUAAGAGCAUCCUGAAAGACGUUAGAGUGCCGGAGAUCUUCUUUUCCGGCAAGAUCAAUAGUCGCCAGGUACUAGUCCAGGAAAGACUCCCGGGCGUUAGUUUGACCGUCGCAUGGCCGUACUUAUCGCAAGACCAAAAGGAAGCAUUCAAGCAGCAGGCACGAGAGAUACUUGGACAGUUACACGCCGUAAAGCCCACCGAUGGACGCCGGGCUCGCUCCCACGUCGUCCAAGACCCUAACAUCCUCAGCAACGGUCGUAUCCAUGCCCUGGAAGGAGAUAUCCUCUUCUCAAACACCAACACCGACCCGGACAUGAGUUUCAUGCACAACGACUUCACCGAGUCCAACUGCAUAGUUGACAAUGACAGGAUUGUCGGGCUUGUUGAUUGGGAGAUGGCUGGCUUCUUUGGCUGGAAGACGGCUGGCGAAGUCCACCGCAGGAUCAGAACGCCCCAAAAGGAGCAUUUUGCCAAUGCCAACUUGAGUGAGGAGAGGCUUCGGGAAAUCAUGUUUUGGAAUGAUCUUUAUGACGCCGGUGUCAGUCAAUAUUGA